AUGACCCGAGGGCACCAGAAGUUCCAGUCCCAGCAGAAGAAUGCCAAAAAACAGGCAGACAUCAAGAAGAGCAAAGGCCAUGACCAGAAGGCAGCAGCUAAGGCUGCUUUAGUAUACACAUGCACUGUGUGUCGGGUAUGUGCUUAGUGGGGAAACAAAGCAGAGAGACACACACCAUUAUUAGAGGUCAACCCAUAUUGGUUUCACAGGGUCCAUACGGUACAUUAGUUGUUUAGGAGACCAUCAACUGAUGGAACUGUCACGCAUUUGCAUUAAAAAUGAUACACUUUCUGUCAAAAUGUAGAUCUUAGACUAUUAUAAACUGCAACAAGACACUUUAUUUCAAUGUCUUAAACAUUAAAUCAAAACUGAAACUUUCCAUCUCAUAUACAGGAGUUUACAGCUAACCAGUCAAACUUACAGUACAGUUAUGUCAGUAGUCUGGCCAGUCAGAAAGUGUUGUGGGCGGGACAUUAGGGGAGAAAACACACCCAACUAACUAAUAUUACUGGUGACUGGUAAAACACCAGAAAAAGUAAACAGCAGAAAGCUGAAUAUGGGCUCCAAUAGUCAUCCAAGGGCCAUAAAUGGUCUACUCCAAACACUUGGAGUAUCAUUUAACCAUAAUGUUAAAUUUAAAUUGUUUCAAUUUCCCUUCAGGGAUCAAUAAAGUUAUUCUUAUUCUUAAUGUUAGAAUGACAAUAAGCUACAUACCAUUUAAUACUGAGAUACUUUUAAAAUGAACUGGGGGGUCAGGUCACUUUUCAGCGGUAGGUAAAAAUUUCCAAAGAUGAAUGGAUUCUUCUAGAUUCACUGUGUCAGCAGUUUAGCAUUGGAAUUAAAAUUGUAUCUCAUUGCUGCAAGUUUAUUAUAGUUUUGUCCAUUUGAAUGUAAAUAAAGGUGUACUAAAAAUAAGAUACACAAAGUCGAUCACAGACUCAAAGCUCCUGUGAGGACUCUUUAUCUGGUUAUGACACAGACUGUUACGACAGUGGCACCUUUGUGGCCAACAAAAGCAAACAGGACCAUUAGCCACAAGAUAUUCUAUACUUGAGUAAUUAAUGUCUGUAACCACUGCAGGGAUGUAGGCACAGUUGAGACGAGUUAGUGCACCACAAAGAAGAGCCUUCCCCCAGCAGAUAGUUUGAGUAGACGGACGACAGGAUGUUUUUUGGUAAAAAAAAUAUGACUUCUGCAUGACCUAGAGUAGACGAGCAAAUAGUUAAGAGUGAGGAGUCACUUUGCCCAUGGGGGUACCAAAACUGAAACAGAGAGUUUCCCAGAGGAGUAAUCAGCAUCUGAGGUUUCCCAAAGAAGGACUUUUUUGGUACCAUUUUAUAAGAGUGUUGGUUCGCCAGUGCUACAACAUGAGAAAAAUGCUCAGGUCUGACCUGGUCUGUCCAAAAGAAACAAUACAGAGUUUUGAAUUAUUUAAUGAAGGUUUUGAAAUGCACUUAAAUUUCAAUUGCUAAGUCAAAGUAGAUUGGCCAUGAUGAAAAGUUAUUUAUGGUCACUCCAUAUUUUACCUUCUGUGAACAGCAGUCAAAACUUUUGACAUCAAAAUUACCUCAAAAAGUUGAUUGAAGAUGCUCAAAGUUACAUCUAUCCAUCACCUCUGCAAUGAAAUCAUACUGUUGCACAUGUCAGGCAUGUUUAAGGAAAACUCUGCAGUGCUUCUAUGUGAACUCUUCAGUACAUCCAUCUCGUUUUCCUGCCUCCACCUCUGAGGAGUCCCCUGUGCUCUGAUAGUCUCUGUAUAUACUGAUGGGACUUACUCACACUGCUGUUCUCUUUUCUUUUUUUUUUUAACCUUUUUAUCAUUCAUUAUCUCUUGAUCUGUAUUCAGACUUUUGACUUCUUUUUUUCUUGUCUACACUUUCUCAGACACAAAUGCCUGACCCUAAAACCUUCAAACAGCACUUUGAAAGCAGACAUCCGAAGUCCCCCAUGCCACUGGAGUUGGUUGAUGUAGAGGCGUAA